UUCAAACACAAAAACACACCUCCUCUAACCCUGGCUAAUUUCCCCCUAGCUUCCUUCAAUCAUCCUCAUCACUCAAAAUUCAAGAAAUGUUCCCAUGAAUCCAUGCUACAAAAGAAAUUCACAAGGCAAAUACGCGAUGAUGAUUGGCCAUAAUUUCUAUUUCUCCACGCGCUUUUGAUGCAUCAUCUGUCCUCCACGAUGAGCACGAAGGUCGCGAAAACGGAGAAAAAGGGUACAAUUUUGAUGCAUAAAUAUGAGAUUGGUAAAUUGUUAGGACAAGGUACAUUUGCCAAAGUCUAUCAUGCAAGGAACCUGAAAACAAGCCAAAAUGUAGCUGUGAAGGUAAUUGACAAAGAAAAAGUCAUGAAAGUUGGCCUAAUUGACCAAAUCAAACGUGAAAUUUCUGUCAUGAGGCUAAUUAGACAUCCAAAUGUUGUUGAACUUUAUGAAGUAAUGGCUAGCAAAACAAAAAUUUAUUUUGCAAUGGAAUAUGUUAAGGGUGGUGAAUUAUUCAAUAAGGUUGCUAAAGGGAGGCUUAGGGAAUCAGCUGCUAGUAAAUACUUUCAACAAUUAAUCGCGGCAGUUGAUUUCUGUCAUAGCCGCGGUGUCUAUCAUCGCGACCUGAAACCUGAAAAUAUACUCCUGGAUGAAACCGGAAACCUAAAGGUCUCCGAUUUUGGCCUGAGUGCUCUUUACGAGACCAAAAGACAAGACGGACUCCUCCACACGACAUGUGGAACUCCAGCAUACGUCGCGCCAGAGAUCAUAAAUAAGAGAGGGUACGAUGGAGAAAAGGCGGAUAUUUGGUCAUGUGGGGUCAUUUUGUUUGUCUUGUUAGCUGGUUACCUUCCAUUCCAUGAUGCAAAUUUGAUGGGAAUGUAUAAGAAAAUUAGUAAAGGGGAAUUCAAAUGUCCUGAACAUUUCCCUUCUGAAGUGAAAAAACUUCUUUCAAGAAUUCUUGAUCCAAAUCCAUUUUCAAGAAUCACAUUAGCUAAGCUAAUGAACAAUAAUUGGUUCAAGAAAGGAUUCAAACAAAUUGAUAAACCACCAAUUUUGGAUCAAAAAGAGGACAAAUCUCCUCGUAGUAUUUUCGAUAUUGUGGAUGAUUCAGAUGCAGAAAGUUCUUCAGGACACAAAGAGCAAAGUCCAUCAACAAUGAAGCCUACUUGUUUGAAUGCUUUUGAUAUCAUUUCUCUUUCUCCUGCUUUUGAUCUCUCUAACUUGUUCGAGAAAGAUAAGAGCUGUAGAUCGGAUGCUAGAUUCACGACACAAAAAUCCGCAUCCACUAUCGUCUCGAGGCUAGAGGAAGUAGCUUCGAUGGGGAGUUUUAAGGUGAAGAAGAAAGAUGGGACGGUGAAAAUGCAAGGAAGCAAGCAAGGGAGAAAAGGGCAACUAGAAAUUGAUGCAGAGAUAUUUGAGAUUACGCCAGCUUUCCAUGUUGUAGAAGUGAAAAAAAAAUCAGGAGACACUGUAGAAUACAUGAAGUUUUGUGAUCAAGGCUUAAAGCCUUCAUUAAAAGAUAUAGUUUGGACAUGGCAAGGCAAUGAGCAACAACAUGUAGUGGAAAAUCAAGAAAAUGAAACUCAGAGGUAAAAGUAUGAAAACAAAAAGUGUAGUGGGGAAGGAAUUAACAUUUUUUUUAUUCUUAAUUGGUUGAUUUGGAACACCUUGAAGAAAGGAGGUUGAUUUUGUACUGUAUUGAAAGAAGAGUAGGAACUUAAAUAUCUUUCCUCUUCAUUUAUCAUUGUGGGACCUAUAGGUCACAUAUUCAAGUUGUGAAAUCUGUCGCUGAUGUUUGUGUCAUGCAAGUUGCCUGCAUUACAAUCCUUGGGUGGAUGCAAGAUACUUUGUGCACCGAGCUACCCUUUUUUCUUAUCAUGUAAGCUUUAUGAAAACAUUUUUUGUCAUUGAUCUUUUUGUUUGUUUCUUGAUGUUAUAUGUCAUCAGUGCUUCCCAUGUAAAACAUUUACUGUAUUAAUUGCUAGUUGUAUUCAUGUUAAUUCCUCUAACAAUUUUAAAGAAAUUAUUCUGCUUGA